AUGGAGUACUUCCAGAAGAGCCGAAAGAGAUUGUCAGUCGAAUCGUCGGUACAUUCGAAAGCGCUUUCGAUUGCACCUUCCACUGCGCCUUCAGUAUACACAUUACCUCCGCUCCAAGCUCCCGGUCCUGUAGACGAUGAGGUCGACCGCUUGCAACCUUUAUUGGAAGACGACCCAGCCAAUUUCGAUCUCAUAGCCGCACCACAAGAAGAAGUCAACGAUACCUACCGACUAGACGAACACGCCGAACAACUUCUGUCGCGAGAACAUUUGGAAGCAGUUUUCGCGGAUCGCAAGACCUUGCUCAAGUUUACUGGUUUCCUCAACAGCCAUCGGCCACAGAGCAUUCCUGUACUUGUUUUCUACAUGGAUGCCUUGAAAGCUCUGCGAGCCAUCAAGUAUGCGAAUGCUGUAUCGAGAGCAUUGCAUCCUGUUUCUGGUCUCGAUUUUACUUCAACGCCGCCUCAAAUUACACAAAAUGAUGAACUGCAGAAGAAGGCCGACCAAGCUUUUGACCUACUCGUACGAGAAGAUCUCCCGGCAUAUGUCACAUGGACGUGGAUUUCAAUCGUGAGCACUAGCAUACAAAGGAGAAUCACUGGAACACUGGCACCCCAUCUUCGAGAGGCAUCCGAAGGAUUGGCCGAAGUCUUUUGCUUGACAGACCCAUCCAGAAAGGACAAUCCCAUUGUGUUUGCUUCUGAAGAGUUCGCCCGUACCACUCAAUACGGAAUGGGCUAUUCGAUCGGUCGCAACUGCCGCUUUCUACAAGGGCCGAGGACUAACCCUCAUUCGGUGCGUCGUUUAGCUGAAGCGUGCAAAGUACCGAGAGAACACAGCGAGAUUUUCGUCAACUAUCGACGCGACGGCAGCCCCUUCAUCAAUCUACUCAUGACAGCACCACUCUAUGACUCUAAGGGUACAUUGAGAUACUUCAUUGGAGCUCAAGUCGAUGUGUCUGGACUGUUGAAGGAGAUGACUGGCAUGCAAGCACUGAAGAAGAUGUUGAACCAUGACGAGUACGAAGAUGAUCAACAACGUCAAGACGACGAGUUCCAGAGCCUGAGCGAAAUGUUCAACACCACCGAGCUAGAAACUGUCAGACAGUGCGGAGGCCGUGUGCACCGCGGGCAAAUCGACGACGAGCGAGAGAAUGGCGUGCAGCCUCGACCGCGCCUUCUGAUAACCGAUGAAUCCUCAGAAGCUAUCGACAAUUCGACUCAGAUCACAAACGGCACGGCGUCUGGAUCAAAUGGAGUGCAUAGGAUCCCUGAGAACGGCAAGCUGGCAGGUGUAUAUGAGCAUUACCUGCUUGUCCGUCCAGCACCAUCCUUACGCAUUCUCUUCACCUCACCUUCUCUCCGCGUACCAGGAAUUUUGCAGAGCCCCUUCCUCUCUCGCAUCGGCGGAUCCCCUCGCGUACGCUCUGAGCUUUCUCAAGCAUUCACCGAAGGCCGCGGCGUAACGGCAAAAAUCAGAUGGUUGACACGCAUCGAAGAAGAUGGCGAAGACGAAGGCCGCAGUCGCUGGAUCCACUGUACACCUCUAUUGGGCCACGGCGGUGCAGUAGGAGUAUGGAUGGUGGUUCUGGUUGACGAGGAAGGCAGUCAUAGUAAACGGCGAUUCAGACCCGCGCCGCCGGUGAGUCAGGUCAUUGGAGGCAAAGAGUACGACCCUAGGGCGAUAGAGGAGAAGAAGGAGAGGGAAAGGGCGAGGAUUGAUGAGAUUGUUGAUGGGGACGGAGACAGACCUGGCAGUAGUCUUGCUGGUCGAUCGAGGGUUGCGAGGGAGACGAGUGCGUUUAGUGGGUUUGGAGAUGCUGGGACUGAUGAUUCGUUCCAGAUUCGAUGA